AUGUCCUUUGACAGGUAUGUGGCCAUAUGCAACCCCUUGCGUUAUGUCACCAUCAUGAGCAAAAGGGUCUGUGUCCUGCUAGUUCUUUCUUCAUGGAUCACAGGAUUCCUCCUUAUAACCAUUCCAUGUUCCAUCAUAUUUCAGCAACCAUUCUGCGGUCCCAAUAUCAUUGAUCAUUUCUUCUGUGACAACUUUCCACUCCUGGAACUCAUAUAUGCCUGUGAGCUGCAGACGCUCCUCCUCCUGGGGCUCCUCCUGACCUACCUGCUCACUCUACUGGGGAACCUCCUCAUCGUGGUCCUCACCCUCAUGGACAGGCGCCUCCACACCCCCAUGUACUACUUCCUCCGCAACUUUGCUGUCCUGGAGGUCUGGUUCACCUCGGUCAUCUUCCCCAAGACGCUGACCAACAUCCUGACUGGAGACAAAACAAUUUCCCUGGCAGGCUGUUUUCUACAAAGUUUUCUCUAUUUCUUCCUGGGCACCACAGAGUUCUUCCUACUGGCAGUGAUGUCCUUUGACAGGUAUGUGGCCAUAUGCAACCCCUUGCGUUAUGUCACCAUCAUGAGCAAAAGGGUCUGUGUCCUGCUAGUUCUUUCUUCAUGGAUCACAGGGUUCCUUCUCAACGUCAUUCCAGGUUUCCUCACAUUUCAGCAGCCAUUCUGUGGUCCCAAUAUCAUUGAUCAUUUCUUCUGUGACAACUUUCCACUCCUGGAACUCAUAUGUGCAGACACAAGUCUGAUCGAGUUUCUGGGAUUUAUCCUGGCCAACAUCAGCCUACUGGGCACUCUGUCCGUGACGGCCACCUGCUAUGGCCACAUUCUCCACACCAUCCUGCACCUCCCCUCAGCCAAGGAGAGGCAGAAAGCCUUCUCAACAUGCUCCUCCCACAUCAUUGUCGUCUCUCUCUUCUAUGGCAGCUGCAUCUUCAUGUAUGUCCGGUCGGGCAAGGGCGGCCAGGGGGAGGACAGGAACAAGGUGGUGGCCUUGCUCAACACCGUGGUGACCCCAGUGCUCAAUCCCUUCAUCUACACCCUGAGGAACAAACAGGUGAAGCAGGUGUUUAGGGAGCAGAUCCGAGUGUCCUCAGAUCCCCAGAACAUCACGACUCCUGAAGCCGCACACCCCUGA